AUGGCACUUACGGCUCGGCAUGAUGCUAUUCUAACCAACGAGAGCGACUGGGAAGCCUCUUCCUUCCAUGGCCAGUGUUUAGAGCUGCUCAUCCCUGUUUUGGAUCGUCCCGAACAGACGUAUGAUGACAAUUUAUUGGUCACCGUUGUCAUUCUCCGCAUUUAUGAGGAGCUAGAAAACAACACGGACCAGCAGUUCCAUCUGUUGGGGUCCAACCGUUUGAUCAACCUCAUGUCUCAGUCUGCCUCCUCUGGCGGGCUCGCUGAGGCCGUUAGUUGGCAGUUCUUGCGACAAGCGAUAUACGCAUCUAUCGUACAAUAUCAACCCUGGCAACUGGACCUCCGGAAUUAUGAACGAUCAUCGAUGUUUCAACGCCACGAUGAUGCUGCAUUUGCUAACAUGGCCAUUUUUCACUGCGCGCAUAUUCUGCAAAUCUGCCGACAUGUACCGCAAGAGCCUGUUGAUAAACAUGCACGUCGUGAAAUAGCCGAUGCCCUCGAAAAAUGGCAUCACUCAAAACCUGCUACCUGGCAACCCCUUCGGUACGAAGCGCCGGAUGUGGCCGCGCAUCGACCAUUCCCUGAAAUAUGGAUGAUGUCGGCACCUGCAGGUUUGUUCCCCGCCGUAUCUCUUUGCUAG